GUGCCGGUUGUGUCUUCAGUUCCAACACGUUCUUUUCUUGCGUGCUUAGUUCAGUUUCACCUACAAGAACUGGACAAUCGGUUGUAUUGGAGCAAGGACUUUAGCAUAGGGAAACAUGGAGCUUCUCGUACUUCUGUCACUCGCCAUUACUACCACAUUUGCUUUUGAUCCGAGCCAACAAACUUGGAGCUACAUCUCGUCAUCAAACAUUGGUCCUGCAAGUUGGGGCACACUUUCUGGCUUCGAGACGUGCGGAACGGGAACGGAGCAGUCUCCCAUCAACAUCCCAACAGCGAGCACAGACUACCAGAGUUACCCUCCGCUGAAUGUUACUGACAGCUCUUCCUCUGCUUACUUUCAUUUUGAGAACAAUGGAGCAGCGGCAGAGGCAGACCCGGAGGGAACAACGGUAGUGUACUUAACUGGAGGCCCGCUAGGUUCAGAACGCUACAGGAUCCAGAAUUUCCACAUCCAUUUCGGAAACUCAACGUUUGCGGCGUCCGAGCAUGCAGUAGAUGGUUCAAGAACGGCGGGUGAGCUCCAUGUUGUGUUCUUCAAAGCAACCUACCCCAAUAUCGCGGAUGCAUUGGCCAGCGGAGACCGUGACGCUCUGGCCGUCAUUGGCAUGUUGUUCGACGUCGGUUCGGACGCAUCACUCGCGCAUCCCGGACUAACUACGAUGUUGAACCAUUUCUCGAACUUGACUUAUCCAGGGUUUAGUGUUGUACAGUCCUUGGACUUCGCCACACUACUGAGGCCUUCGGACCUCACGUCAUUCUACACAUACGAGGGAUCACUGACUACGCCAGGUUGUAAUGAGCAGGUGGUUUGGCUGGUUUUGAGCCAAGUUCAGUAUGUCCUACCAGCCUCGCUCGACGCUCUUUCAGGCCUCUUGUGUACUAGUCCCACGCAGACACCUGCUAUACCCGUCUUUGGAAACGCUCGCCCGCUGCAGUCACUCGACGUUCGAAGGAUAUUCCGAAACUUUCAGGCAACUACUAGUGGUCCCAACACCACGUCUUCAGCUCCAGGACAGUUGAAAGUGUCAUUGUUCGCACUCUUCAUAUCCGUCCUGGCUGUCUGCACGCACUGGAUGUGACCAUCUUCACCUAGCUGAUAAAAUGAUCGACUGCAACCCGUAUGUCAAGCUGCCAUGACUCCUGAAACAAUCUACUUGUGCUCUCUUAGGCUAUCGUCUAAGAUCUUCCACUUCAAGUUCGCAUUUUUUCAUUACCCCUUCUUCGUCAGGAAUAUAGCAGUUCCUGCUAUUCACCCUCUCUCAAUGUUUCAUAACCAUUUUACUUUCUUGGAAAGAAAAAAUACAUCUCUCAAGCUAAAUUCGCUAAAUGUAUCACCUAGUUGUAAUGGUAACCGCCCUUGUGAUGCUACGUAUCCCAAUGUUUCAUUGGUUCUGGUUGCUUGUAUUUCAUUUGAAAAGAAGGCCCAAAAACUGGUUUAUGAAUUUCGGA